GUAUAAUCGAACUUUCAAAUUUUAUUUUCAUUUCAGUCGAGAACGAUUAGUGUUGUUUAAUUUAUGAUUAAAUUUAUUUUGCGUCAUUGUCGCUUUUUAUAUUUUUUAUUUGAAAAUUUGUAACUUAAUUCUGUUUUUCACCCGAAAUUUUAUUUCAUGUUUACUUUUGGUGAAAACUGUGAGGAAAUCAGCAAAUCACUGACUCAAAAAAACACUAACUAACUGAACCAAACUAAUGCUAAUCGAACGCUGAAAUCUCGUUUAAUUAAUAUAGAAUCUAUAAGUUUGUAUCUGCAUAAAAUAGAUCAUCAUAAGAUUUGCUUCAUGGUUCAUAACAGUCCCUAACCUAACUAAAUCUGGCGAAGCAUCUAACCAACAUCAACCUACCCUACGAAUCAUGGACCAGCUAUGCACAUACUGUCAGAAGGCAAUCCAUCUAAAGCAGCCGAGAGUUCAAUGCUACGACUGUCCGUCAUCUCGAUCUGUGGUUCUUUGCUUAGAGUGUUUUUCGUGUGGAGUUGAAGCCGGCAACCACAGGUCCAGCCACGAUUAUCAAAUUUAUACUGAAAGUUCUCUUCAAAUAUUUCCAAGUCGAUUUAACUGGACCCAGCAUGAGAUUGAAAACUUAUUGGAGGCAGUUGAAACACUGAGCUUCGGAAAAUGGUCAGAUAUUGCGAGUGAAGUUGGAUCUAAGUCUGCUAAAGAAUGUCUGGACUUCUAUACCUUGUUCUUUAUCAAUGGAAACAUUGGCAGAGCUUCCUUCCACAAACACACAACAUCGCUCAGGUCGAAAGACCACACAGGUGAACAAAAUGCAACAACAUCAUCAUCAUCAUCCGCAACUACAUCAUCAUCAUCGUCAUCACUUGUUGACAUGCCAGUUCAAGACCAACAGGAGCUUGGCUACAUGGCUCUCAGAGAUGAUUUUGAUCAUGAGUACGACAAUACGGCGGAAAAUGAUUUAGUUUCUAUGGAGAUGGGUGCUGAUGAUGACGAUGUUGAUAUUGCGUUCAAACUCUUCAAGGUCAGUUCCUACAGAUGCCGAUUGACGGAGCGAGAAAAAAGGAAGAAAAUAUCCAAAGAACAUGAAAUCAUGGUGGCCGCCACUUCCGCUGGUACUAAAAAAAUGAUUGCUGCUCGGAAGAAAUUAGUCAAGGAAGAAAGAGAUCUUAAAGACAGAAUGAGAUUAUUUGCUCGAAUGCACAAACACACAGAUCACGAAAAUUUAACCCACAAUUUAAUAAAACUCCAAAGGCUGAAAGUGAAAGUCAGGGAUGCACAAAAUUAUAGGAGGAACGGCCUCACAAAGAUUAUUGGCUAG